AUGGCCUCACGGACUCUAUGCAAGUCUACCACUUCCUCGUUCUUGUCCAACUUCACCGCCAUUCCUGGAGCUAGAACUGGAUGCCGCUCCUUUUCCUCCGUCCCCGUCCUAUUCGCGCCCCGUCAAGUAUCACCGGCAGCAGCCAAAGAGCGUGCAGCAGCCAGAGAGAAAUCGAAAAAGAAGAGGAAGAAGUUUCAAUUCUUCAGGCAGUACGACAAGAAAGACCUCGAGACAUUUACUCUGUGUGAAGCCAUAAGAUAUAUCAAAGCUUUUGAAGUUCGGUGGCAACCAGACGUUCCCAAAUACGAUAUUGCUAUCAAGUUCCGCACCAAGAAAGAUGGUCCCAUUGUCCGUAACCAACUCCGGCUACCUCACGCCGUCAAGACAGAUAUUCGGGUGGCAGUGAUAUGUCCUCCCGACUCGGCAGCUGCUCGAGAAGCCAAGGAGGCCGGGGCUGCAAUGGUUGGCGAAGACGAGAUCUUUCAACUGAUCAAAGCUGGAAAAAUCGAUUUCGAUCGAUGUAUCGCCGUUCCCGACUCUUUACAGAAGAUCAACAAAGAAGGUCUACCUCGAGUUCUCGGACCUCGGGGUCUUAUGCCUAGUGUCAAGUUGGGAACAGUGGUUGAAAAGCCGGGUCCGGCAGUCAGGAAUAUGCUGGGAGGAAGUGUGUACCGAGAGAGAGCAGGAGUGGUGCGCAUGGCAGUCGGCCGUUUGAGCUUUACGCCCGAGCAAUUACGAGACAAUGUCAAAGCAUUUGUGAGCUCUGUCAAGAAAGAUGCAGCAAUAGUCAGUGAGCAGGUCCUGAAAGAGGUGACUGAAGUGGUAUUGAGCUCGACGAACUCCCCAGGUUUUUCACUGAACGGCGAGUUUUACAAAGCAGCUCCCGGAGAACCUACAGUCCAAGAACUGUCUGUUGCAUAG